UCUUUCUCUCCAUCCUCUCCUCCCUAGCUGCCCUCUUCUUCUUCUUCCUCCUCCUCCUAGUCCGCCGCAGGCAGGAUCGAGUUGCUCUCUUCUGCUAGCUUGCUCACUCGAUCUAUAAAUACUCAAUUAGAUAGAGAGAGAGAGAGGUAGGUAGAGGUAGAGAUCAGCUGAGGAACCCAGGUCCAUGGACGACGACAGGUGGAAGCUGUCGACGAGCAAGGGGAGGAGCAAAUCGGGCAGGUCCAGCAGCAGCUUCUACUCCGACUUGAGCAGCAGCGCCGCCGCCUCCACGCUCAGCCGGAGCUACUCCGCCAGCGUCACCGGCAGCAGGCAAGCACACGCUAGCACCAGCAGCAGCUCUGCCUGGUCCGCUUCCGGUGGCGCCAGCAGCUCCAGCUCGCAGCAGCAGAGCAGCAAUUCGAGGCUGUCGAAGAAGUGCGUGGAGGCGGUGAAGGAGCACCGCGCGCGCUUCUACAUCGUCCGCCGCUGCGUCUCCAUGCUCGUCUGCUGGCGCGACUACUAAUUCAAUUCACGCCUCCCUAGUCCCUCCUACCUACCUAGCUCACUUUUCAUUCAUUUAUUUGUUUUUUUUUUCUAUUGUUGCUAGCUCCAGCCUCCAUGCAUCUCUCUGUUUCUCUGCGUCUCCAUCUCUUCUUUACUUGAUUCUUUCUUGCUAUGUCCAUAUAAGUAUAUAUAAAUGUAUAACUUGCAUGCAUC